AUGCCCGUCCCCCGUCGCUGGCCCAGUGGCGCCGUGGAGAAGGGGGCGGAGCCUGCACCCGCCCCGCCCCCCUCGCCCCGCCCGCCCCGCGCCGCGCGGGGAGGAGGAGGAGGAGGAGCCGCGGCGCGGCCCGCACUGCAGCGCCAGCGUCCGAGCGGGCGGCCGAGCUCCCGGAGCGGCCUGGCCCCGAGCCCCGAGCGGGCGUCGCUCAGCAGCAGGUCGCGUCCGCAGCCCCAUCCAGCCCCGCGCCCGCCAUGCCGUCCGCGGGCCCCGCCUGAGCCGCGGCCUCCGCGCGCGGGCGGGCCUGGGGACGGCGGGGCCAUGCGCGCGCUGCCCUAA